AUGGCGUCCAGUUCCCUCAACCUGCGCAUCCAUGAUCUAUCGAAGUUUAGAACAAGAACAGGUAGUCGCAUAUCACAUGACCGUACUCAUCAUCACGUGAUCUCGGGCCCGAUGGCCCAAGCUCCAUCCAAGCUUAAAAUAAACUUCCACCGAGUUGACACUUCCACACCCACUAUAUCGCUGCUACGACGCAUAGCCGGUUUGUUAAACACGAUCUCCCAAGCCACAAGUGUUAAGAAGCGCACGAAAAGUAACAAUGCCGCCGCGCUGUCCGUCCUGACAUCCUGUGGCGGCAUCAUCGGUUACGCGCGCACCGGAUCCAUCCCUUCCAUCGCCGCCGGCCUCUCCGUCGGCGCCCUUUACGCCCUCAGCUACUAUCGACUCCAAGGCCAACAAUCCUUCGGCGAAGAAUUGAGCCUGAUAGCCUCGACUGUGUUAGCGGGAAGCGCGAUCCCUAGAGCGCUGAAGACGAGGAAGCCUGUUCCCAUUGGCCUGAGUAUCCUGGCUACAUAUGGCUUGAUUGUUUUUGGAUUAGCAUAUAAGGGGAAAAGGGCGACCAGGGUUUAG